UCUGUUGUAAACUAAAACUUCCAAAAAUGGUAUAUAACGGACAAUAAAUGUUCCUGUGCAGAUGGAACCACAACUGUCGUCUUCUUAAGUAAAACCAGUAGCAGUCUUUUGUUUUUAUUGAAAGCAUUCUUUCUCCAUCAGCACAGCUGACCUCAUCCUCCUACAUGUUUGGUUUCACCUCUUCAAAGCAAAGCAGGACUCUUAUAAGGUUUCAACAUUGAAGAGCAAUUAGACCAACCAACACGCCAAAGGAAUGGAAAAAGAUAGAAAGAUGAUCAUUUUCUUUUUAUUUUUGGCUGGUAUUUGCAGCCCUGUGCUUGCCGACGAGUGGACGGCCGAUGUUGUAAAGUCCAUUGACGCUCUGGUGGGCUCCUGUGUUGUGCUGCCCUGUACAGUCAGUCAUCCUGGGACUUACCUGUCCACCUCCAGACUCAGGGGCAUCUGGCAUCGUAAGGACAAAUGGACCGAGUACUUCUACCAUGAGGACAGCACAAAGAUCCUGGACAGCUUUAAGGACCGAACCAAGUUGCUGGGAAACCUGGGUCAGAACAACUGCACCUUAGAAAUAGUUCAAGUUAAAGAUCAUGACAACGGCCCUUUCUGCUUCCGCGUUGAACUUGUACGAAAAGACAACAACGAACCCACUAAGGAAAAGUUCUCCUUUGUUGAGAAAUGUGCUGAUAUCAAAAUGAUCCAUGACGUACCUAAACCCAAACUGGGUCCAAUAAAGACGGCCAAUCCAGGCAAACCCUACACCCUCACCUGCUCUGUUCACCACACCUGCCCCUCGCAUCGCCCUCAGAUUAAAUGGAGUCGGGAAAAUAAGGAUGAUGAAAUCACUGAAGUUCAUAAACCCAUUCAUUCGGGGAUCUGGGAGGCAGAAUCCAUCCUGUCCUUCGUUCCUGAGGAAAAGGAUGACGAAUCAGAGCUCAUCUGCACAGCAACAUUUAAUGGAGGAAUGAAAUCAGAGGAAAAGUUCACACUUAAUGUAAAACGCAUAGAAAACUACAACCACAUCAUCAUUCCUGCUGUUGCAGUCGCUGCCACUGCUGUGAUCUUUGGACUCUUCUGUGUUUUGAUGGUGAAGAAAUACAAGAGAUGCUACAGAAAUGAGUCUGGGGCCCUGUGAUGCAAACUCCUAUGGUGGACAGAAAGAUAACAAACCUCUCUUCCUAUCACCAAAGAGCCAACCAAAUCCCUGCAAAUAAAUACAGGAUCUUGAUGACAAUGAUGACGACACUGCAGACCUGAACAUGCAUAGAAACAUCUAAAUAGUUAAGAUGUUUCCCAGUGUAAGACUUGCUGAUCACUGUAAAUGUUCAACACCUUUUGUUUUAACUCUUUGGUGACUUAAGGAACUUGGUAACACUUUAUUUGAAGGGGGUUGAAUAAGAUCGUCAUGACACCGUCAUAAACAUGACAUAAUACCUG